AUGGUUCCCACCGCCGCCGUCUCCCCGGCAAGGCCAGGAACGCCCUUAGCAGACGCCUUUGAGAAUGAAGUCGACCCCGUCACGAAUCCGGGCUCUCCCUCCCUCCGAGACCCCCACGACGUCAGCCCCGGCGCCAAUCCCUUCAUCAGUCCCGACGCGUCUCUGCCCGCCUCCAGCUUUGACGAAUCCAACCGCAGCGUAACGGGCGCGGGCCGGCCGCAUCCCGAGGAUACCACACCUCGGUAUUUCUACUCGAGGAGGGUGAAAAAGGGCGACGUGGAGAAGCCGUGGCUGAAGCGCAAGGACCCCAAGGAGAAGUGGGUAACGAUAUUACCCAUCCUCGGCAUCCUCGUGGGGCUGGGCAUUGCCGGGUUCCUGGUGUGGGAUGGCAUCAACAGCGUGGUGAAGCAUCAGUAUUGCGAGGUGCUCUACGAAGAUUUCUCGCAGGGGCUACGCGACAGCAUCUGGUCGAAAGAAGUCGAGCUUGGCGGGUUCGGCAACGGCGAAUUCGGAAUGACCACCACGGAUGAGCAAAACAUCUUCCUCCAGGACGGCCACCUCGUCAUCCGCGCCACGCUCCAAGACUCGGCCCUCAUCGAAAAGGACACCGUCCUCAACCUCACGAGCCAGGGCAUCUGCACCUCGGACCUCGCCUCGCGGUGCGUAGCCGUGACGAACACGACGAUCGGCAACUCGUCCAUCGUGCCGCCGGCCCUCACGGCACGCAUCAACACCCGCAACGGGCCCACCAUCAAGUACGGCCGCGUCGAAGUCACGGCGAAACUACCCGUGGGCGACUGGCUGUGGCCCGCCAUCUGGAUGAUGCCCGUCAACAGCGUGUACGGCGAGUGGCCGGCCUCGGGCGAGAUCGACAUCAUGGAAUCCCGCGGCAACAACUGGACCAAGCGCGCGAUCCGGCACUCGACCUACAGCAAGGACUUCAACACGUUUGGUCUCGAGUGGUCGCAAAAGUACCUCUUCACCUACGUCAACUCCCGCCUGCUGCAGGUCAUGUACACCAACUUUGCCAAGUCCUUUUGGGAGCGCGGCAAUUUUCCCGACUUCGACGCCGAGGGCCAGCGCAUCGAGGACCCGUGGUCCCGGACGGGCCGCGCGCAAACGCCCUUUGACCAGGAUUUCUUCCUCAUCCUCAACGUCGCCGUGGGUUCGCAGAAUGGCUGGUUCGAGGACGCGCCGGGGAAGCCGUGGCGGGACGGGUCGCCCAACGCGGCCAAGGACUUUUGGGAGAAUCGGGACGCGUGGUAUCCGACGUGGACGCAACCCGAGAUGGUGGUGUCCAAGGUGGUCAUGUGGCAGCAGUGUAACGGCAACGAGGAGCUCUGA